AUGCCAGUGUUAUCCCCUGAAAUCAAAUUUGAUACUUCUAAUGUCACCAGAAAUUCCCUUGACUGUUUUCUGUUUGAGAGUAGUUGGAGGAAAGCAGUUUUGGAAACACAAAAAAUGAAGAAAGAAUACACCACAGCAUUUGGUCUAGAAGAGCUCAAAGAAUGUGUCAAAAUGCCAUAUUUACUAGGACUGCAAAGUUGCCAAAAAAGUGUAAGUUCAAGUCCACUGGAAGUUCAUCCAAGACUGCUGCAUACUAAUACCGAGAUGCCUCCAGUCAGGACAAGGAAGACUAAGGAGACAUGCACUGUAGUACCAAUUCAGGAGAAACCAAAGGGUUCUGGUUUCAGCGAUCCUCUUGCUGGAGCACCAUCUCAAUUCUUACAGAGACUUUCCAAAAUGGCCAUAUUGGAGUAUGAUACCAUUCGUCAAGAAACUACUAGAAGACCAAAAAAGGGCAAGAAACGAGACCUGCGAGACUGCUGA